AUGUCUUCUGAAGAGAGCCGUCGAGUUCUAGUCAUUGGCGCUGGAGCCACUGGCUUGUUGAUUGCCCAAGGAUUGAAAAAGGCCGGCAUACCAGUCCAAGUCUUCGAGAAGCAGUCUUACGAAAAGUAUCAAAACAGAGCAGGUCUUUGGGGAAUGGCGUUGCACUGGGCUACUCACAACAUUGAUGAAUGUCUGCCUGCAGACCUUGCCGCCAACCUCAAGGACGCGCAGACGGACCCAUACGCCGACAUUCCCCAAGAGGCCUCCAAGACAAUUCCCAUGUAUAAUGGCAAGACGGGGGAUCUCGUAACUCACGUUGCAGCCGAUGGACCAAGGCGGGUUCACCGCGGUCGGCUCAGAGACUUCCUCCGUACAGGGUUAGAUGUCCGAUUUGGCAGAGAGAUGCAGUCCUUUUCGGUAGAAAAUGGCGUUGUGACUGCUGCUUUCAACAAUGGAGGGGAGGUCUGGAAAGGGGCUUUUUUGAUUGGGGCUGACGGACCCCGCAGCAAAGUGCGGGACGCAGCUCUUCCUGAAAACGCAACCGAUCUGACACCUGCUCCGGUGGUAGUUUUCAAUUUCGGGGCAACUUUCACCGCAGACCAGGCCUCACAUCUGCGUAGUCAAAUACAUCCCGUUGCAACAUUGGGUCCUCAUCCCGGACAAAAGACGUAUUACUUCUUGACUAUGGGCGACGUCAAAAGCCCCAAUGACCCAGCGUCAUGGGUAUUCCAGGUCUCGCUUUCUUACUGGCCUGAUGACGCAGAAGAACAGCCCAAGACCCAAGAGGAACGCAUGGCGCUGUUCAAAAAGUUGGGAUCAAACUACUGCGAGCCCUUCAAGUCAGUGGCCGAAUGGGUGAAGCCAGACACACACCUUCCGAUUGACCAUGGACAUUUUGGCUCGUGGACGAAAAUCCAACGCUGGAACAAUUUUGGAGGCCGAGUCCUAAUCGCUGGUGAUGCGGCGCAUCCCAUGGUGCCUUACCGCGCACAGGGUCUGAACAACGCUCUCGAGGACGCCGGGUCCUGCGUCCGCACACUGAUCAACGUCCUCAAUGAAGGGCAAAAUGUUGUCGACGCGGUAGCUUCAUACGAUAAAGAUGUCUAUGAGCGCGGAAAGUCAGAGAUCAGCCUCUCAAACACCCAGAUGUAUGCGUGCCACCACUGGGACGUCUUGAUGGAGAGUAAACUUGUACGGGAUGGUUUUGCUAAAUGCUGA